AUGGUUCCGGAUCUCACCUCUAACCCAUUUCAUCUUGCCACUACACCUCACACCAGUCUCGCUUCACUCAAAAACACUAGAAGAUUAAUCGUAAGUGCAAAGAAAUCCGAUGUAUCUUCUGCCAGAAAAGGUGAAAUCGAGAAUCGAUUUCAGUUCAAUUUCGACUUCGGGAAGAUCCACCAGAGAUCCAACAACACAAACGAUGGAGAAAUGCUCCUCGUUUAUUGUCUGGUCGGAGACGCAGAAAAAGAAACAAAAAUGGAAAGCGAUGAUCGGGAAGCUCUGUUGGUCAAGCAGAUCGCGAGGAUGAGCAACCGACCUCCGACGACCCUUUGUGGUUCUUUUCUUGUCGUCGGCGACCACCAAUCAAGGGGAAAAGGAAGCAGUUUGAUCGACGGUGGUUCUGGCGAGGGGUUGCUCUGA